AUGAGGAAACUAUUCAGAACAAUUAAUCGUGUAUUAGGUUUACGCAAAUCUAUACAGAAUUCAUGUCAAUAUACAAUAAAUAAAACUAAAUUUCUUGAUCUUAAGAUUUCUAAUUCUUUUGAAGAUGCUGGCAAAAAACAAUUAUUCUUCUGUAAGUUUAUGUAUUUCACAUUUAUCGGAUUGGGAACCAAAAAUAAUGAAAAGAAGAAGAAGAAAGAAGAUGAACAAGAUAUACUUGGAAACAAAUGGAAAAGGGAAAAGGAUGUUUCACAACAUAUUGCUCUAGCAGAAGUUGCCCUUAAACAUGGAGAACCAAAGAAAGCUGAAGUAAUUUUACAAGAUGUGGUCCAGUUAUGUGGGACAGAGCCAAUAGUUGGGGUUUGUUGUGCCUAUGAUAUGCUAGCAACCAUUGCUUAUAAAGAAGGAAAUAUCUUAAAGGCCAAAGACAUACUGGAAAAGGUCAUAAAUUAUCUGAUAAGCUCUGGUACUGAUCCAAAUCAUGACAGGGUUGUUCAAUUCCGUUUGAAAUUGGCUCGAAUAUUAAGUAAAUUAGGAUUUUCUCAAGAUGCAGAAGACAAUUUCAAAGAGUGUUUAGAGAUUCAAAAAUUAAAGUCCCAAUCAGAAAUGUUAAAUGAAGAAUCUGAAAUACUUUGGAUCAAUACCCUCUUUUGGUAUGGAAAACACUUGAGCAACAAUAAAAAGUAUGUUGAAGCAAAGGAGUGCUUCGAUACUGCUUAUAAAAUCUCUGCCAGGACAAAAUCAUUGCUUAGUAGCCAGGUAAUGGUGAUUUUGUUUAACUUGAGUGAAAUGUCAUAUUUGGGCGGUCAAAAAGAUGAAGCUCUGCGGUAUCUUUUGAAUGCAGUUACACUUGGGCAGUUAACUAAUAAUUCAGAUCUACCAACAUAUUACAACAGAAUUGGUUUAAUAUACCUAAGUAAGGGACUUUUAAAUGAAGCUAAAAUAUGGUGUGAAAAUGGAAAAAAUAAAGGAAAACGUGGCCACAAUAAAAAUGCUCAAGCUGAGGGAGAAAGUUGUAUUAAGAAAAUUAAUGAACUAAUAAGAAUACCUAAAGCAUAG